AUGGCCGACAGUCAAGUGCACCGUGCCAGCACCUUCGCACCUGUGAACAUUGCCGUGAUCAAGUACUGGGGCAAACGAGAUGCCAAGCUCAACCUCCCUACCAAUUCUUCCCUCUCAGUCACACUAUCGCAAGACGACCUCCGAACACACACCACCGCCUCGUGUAGCUCCACCUUUGACCGCGACUCCUUGACCCUCAAUGGCUCUGACCAAGACAUCUCGGGUGCGCGGACACAAGCAUGCCUUCAGGAGCUGCGUCAACUCCGUCAGGAAGUGGAACAGAAGGACGGCUCGCUUCCGAAAUUGAGCGAAUUCCGGCUCAAGAUCGUGAGCGAGAACAACUUUCCCACCGCCGCCGGUUUGGCCUCUUCCGCAGCAGGCUUUGCCGCCCUCGUUCGUGCCAUUGCCAACCUUUACGAGCUCCCGGCCACGCCGACCGAGCUUUCGCGCAUCGCCCGUCAGGGCUCUGGUAGCGCCUGCCGCAGUCUGAUGGGUGGCUAUGUUGCCUGGGAGAAGGGCGAGCGGGCCGACGGUCUCGACAGCGUGGCGUACGAAGUCAGCCCGGCAUCCCAUUGGCCCAAUAUGCAGGCUUUGAUCCUGGUGGCAUCGGCGGAGAAGAAAGACGUGAGCAGCACUUCCGGCAUGCAGCAGACAGUGGCAUCAUCAGCGCUGUUCGCACACCGCGCGGACGAGGUCGUGCCGAAGAGGAUGAAAGCCAUGGAGAAGGCGGUACACGAACAGGACUUCGAGGCCUUCGCCGUCCUGACGAUGAAGGACUCGAACAACUUCCACGCGGUCUGUCUAGACACCCAGCCGCCGAUCUUCUACAUGAACGACACUUCGCGGGCGGCGGUCAGAGUGUGCGAGUCACUGAAUGCCGCGUCGCCAGACGGCAAGCCGUUGUGUGCGUACACGUUCGAUGCGGGCCCGAACGCUGUUAUCUACUAUUUGGCCGAGAAUGAAGAGCAAGUCGCGGGAACGUUCAAGAACAUCCUGGGAGACAAGACGGGCUGGGAAGGCGCAAGAGGUCAGAAGGUUAACAAAGCGGGUGCGCUGCCGCAGGGCACUGAGGUGGCCGCUGAGGUCUUACAAAAGGGCAUCAGCCGCGUGAUCCUCACUGCGGUGGGAGACGGACCGAAGAAGACCGACGAGCACUUGUGCUGA